UCCUUGCUGUGGAACUAGGAUUAGGGUCCGGGCCUGCUUAAUCUCUCGUACUCCGGCGUUCUCCUUAACUCUCGCGUCUUCUAAAUCCCACAUCUAUCAUCCCUCACUUUUUCAUCUUACAGCCCUCAUCAUUUUUUUAUGUAUCUACUUUAUUCCUCCAACGCUGCCCUCACACACGCACCGUCGCCCCUGGCACCAUCGUGCCCUCCUGCCCCGCCCAUCUCCUCGCCCUCAUCUGUCCUCUUGCCCCCACACACUCUCCUAAUUGCCGUCACCGCUCGAAACAACCUCCCCCAUCCAGCUCUGUUAAUUGCACUUCCUUCUAUUCCUGAUCAUUUCCCUUCUUUCCUUUCCAAACAGGAGCCACGCGUAAACCGGCAACAACAAACCCCCAAUAGCCAGCAUCGGUCGUAUCGCACACUUCGCAUCCUCAUCCCCAGGCCCAAGCUCGGCUGUCACCCCCAGUCGGCCCACCGUCGACUGCCCACCGUCCCAAGAUUGUCUACUCCAAGCACAGCGAGUCCUGACCUCAUCCCGGCGAAGAUGCACCUGUGGUCAUCGCUUUGGAUCCGGGACUCGUUCAAGCAUGAAGCUAGAGUUCAACCUCGGCCACAUGAAGUGUGCACAACGAUAGGGCUAGGGGCAGCAGGGCCAGGACUAGGAUAGCCAAUAGUGGUUGCCCACGACACGAAGAUGCUACUGCUCAAGGGCUAACCCCCAUUGGGGUCCGUCGUGGCCGGCCCACUCGAGCUCAUCUGGGACACCGCCUUGCUCCUCACGUGCUGCUACUGUGGUGAUGAUUAUGUGAUUCUGACACCAUUUCUAUCUGUUUCGAUCGAGGCGAAGGGGGUGUGGGGGGACUGCGGCACCGAAGGAUGGCGAACCUGAUCAGCGCACCCUGUGGACCGCUUCACAGGCGGGAGGUUCGUUGCAGUGGAAGCUUGGUUACGGACCACCAUUUGGAUCGCUUACGACAUCUUCCACAGUGAACGCUAUUUUGAGGAGCAUAAGUUUUAGGCUUUGGGGACACCUAGUGCCCCUCCAAUUGCAGGGGAUGAGGAGUCAUGUUUGAUGCAGUUGCUACAGGUGAGCAUCUCCCUCUUGUUAUGCCUCCCCCUCCAAAUAGUGGGCGAUUGGCACUCCCCACCCAUCGCCCUCCUAGACGUUCCCCAUUCCCCUACCCACGGGGAUCUCUCAGUCUCAAGAAGGCACCAUGGUUUACGGCGCCAGUGCACACGGUUGUAUUGCACCGGCUGUAGGCUUGUGUUCAAUGACGUUCUACACAGUCGGCUGCAUUAGGGUAAGCGUCAUCCCUUCUCCCUCCUCCUCAAUUGUGCCCUUGGAGAAUAUCAUUCCGUAUUCCCCUACUCACUAAAGACAUGGUCAGAUCUUUUUUAUUUUUACGAGGAAGACAAAAAGGUUAGAUUGACUGCUUGAUGUUCUGUAUCAAUUGUAGUAUCACUUGGUGCUAGCCAUCGAUAAAGUCCUCGACGAUGGUAAAGAUCUCCAUACUUAGGGCCUCUACCUCUAAUACAAUGCUAUUCUCCCCUGCAUCUGCCUUGAUCAUUAUAACUAAAAAUCAUUGUUUUGGCAGCACAAUAGAUUGGUCUUCUGACAUUGAAGGCAUGACCUUAUGUAGACAAACAACUUGAGAGAAAGGAUUGCGUAAUGUUGCUCGGUUUUCAUUUCCUUCAAUUAAUUGACUAAGAUCUUCAAACCAAUUACUAUGGACCAACAUGUGCACUUCUCAUGAUGAUUUAAACUAAGCAUACAAAGUAGUGUUGCGUUGGAGUACCCAAGCAGGGUCUUACUGCAAACCAAUCUGGAGAAAGUAGAUACAAUACAAAAGAGAUUUAAAGAUGGAACAAUUUUAUUCAAAAGAUGCCCGAAAAAGUUUAGUAACUAAACAAAGCCGUGUUGAGCAAAAGAGAGCACGCGUUGAGCUAAAUAUGGAUGAUAUUGCCGCUGAUCCGGGGCUACGAAAGCAAAUUGAAGAGUUUGAUUAUGAUAUUAGAGAUGAAGCUAGAAGAGCAUUUUUGUCUAUAGGUUGAUGUCAACCAAUUGGUCAUAAUUUUCCAAGGAAAGAGAAUGGAGGACAGAUGAGGGUAUUUGUAAAAAGGUGAUUCGAAAUAUUUGAUUGGUUAGAUAUAGUGUGCAUAAAGAUGCCGCUUAUUGCUUUUAUUGUUAUAUCUUCAAACCAUCAAGGAUGGACUACUUUGGGAGCGAUACAUUCACCAAAGUAGGUUAUAAUAAUUGGAAGAAUGCAUUGAAAUCUUUUAAUGCUCAUGUUGGGGGACCAAAUAGUGCUCACAACAAUGCAAGGAAGCAUGCCAUUGAUUUCAAAAAUCAGAGACGAAGUGUGGCUCAUGUGUGGUCGGAGAAAAGCACAGAGAAGGAGGAGCAAUAUAAAGCUCGCUUGGCUAUUGUUCUAGGAGUUGUAAGAUUUCUCCUUUUACAAGCUCAUGCUUUUCAUGGGCAUGAUGAGUCUUUAAGCUUAAGCAAUAAAGGAAACUUGCUAGAGAUGUUGGAAUGGUACAAAGGGAAGGAUCCCAAAGCUGCAAGUGUAUUUGGUGAGAAUGCUCCUGGGAAUAAUCAAAUGACUUCCCACAAGAUACAAAAGGAUUUGGUGAAGGCUUGUGCAAAUGAGACAAGGAAUGCUAUUAUUUCUGAGAUGGGAGGGCGUCUUUUUGCGGUGCUUGUUGAUGAGUCUCAUGAUAAAUUAAUAAAAGAGCAAAUGACAGUGAUUUUGAGGUAUGUCAAUGAGCAAGGGCAUGCAAUUGAGAGGUUCCUUGGGGUUAAGCAUGUAACAGAGACUGCAUCUUCGCUUAAAGAAGCUUUGGAUUCUAUGUUUGCAAAAUAUGGUUUAUCUAUUUCUCAAUUGCGAGGUCAAGGAUAUGAUGGAGAUUCAAAUAUGAGAGGUCAGCUUCAUGGGUUACAAAGGCGUGUAUUGGAUGAAAACCCCUAUGCAUUUUACAUCCAUUGUUUUGCUCAUCAAUUACAAUUAGUGGUUAUUUCUGUUGCCAAGUGUUGUAGUUCAGUGCUUGAUUUCUUCAACUAUGUUACUUUGAUUGUUAGCAUUGUUAGUGCUUCUUGCAAAAGGAAAGAUCAACUUCUCCAAGAUCAACAUGAAAAAAAUUGUUGAGCAAUUAGAGAUAGGUGAGACUUUUUCAGGAAGAGGGAAAAGCCAAGAAACUUGUCUUGCAAGGCCCAGUGACACACGGUGGGGCACCCAUCAUAAAACAUUGGCUCGUCUUUAACUAAUGUGGACCUCUAUAUUGGAGGUAUUGGAGAAUGUCAGUGAAGAUGCAGAAAGUCUUGAGAAGAGAACUCAAGCAUCAGGCUUGAUAGAAAAAAUGGAACGCUUUGAGUUUGUUCUUAUAUUGCAUCUUAUGACCAGAGUGUUGGGGAAGACACAAGAAUUAUCACAAUGCUUGCAGCGAAAAAAAAUCAUAAUAUUGUUCGUGCUAUAGGAUUAAUCAGGUCAGUGAUGAAGAAUAUGAAUGACAUAAGGUCAUAUGGUUGGGAUGGGCUCUUUGAAAAAGUAAAGACCUUUUGCAUUAAAAGGAACAUAAUUGUGGCAAAUAUGGAAGAUACAAUACCAAUUCGUGGUCGUUCAAGGGGUCGCGGCGCAAAAUUAGCAUGAUCUUGCUGCUGAUCCGGGCUACGGAAGCUAAUUGAGCGAAAGAGAGGACAUGGGAUACCUCUUCCAUUAGUUGGUCUGGUGGCAUAUGGUUUGGUUACAACACUUUCUCUGCAAGAGAAUGGAAAGAACGCUCCCUGGACUGGAUGACUUGGAUAUUCGAUUAACAUUGCUUCUGAUUGCUACAUCAAUGGCGACCGCGAGUGCUUAUUUUCUUUAUAUUUUAAGCACAAAAUUUGUUGGGAUAUCCUGUUCGUACUGCUUGUUGUUAUCAUUUCUCUCGUUCACUCUACUUUUCAUCAUAGUAAAGGACUUCAAUUUUAAUUGUAUCCAGAAGUGUGCUGGUAUUCAGUUAGCUGUGGCUGUCAUAAUUGCUCUUGCUUUGACAAACUCGUACACUUCAGCUACUACUCAGUUGAAGGGACAUCUGCACAACAAGUUGAUGAGUCCUCAACCUGCGACAGUGAGCAGCGUGCCUACUUGAUGGUGGCGAGGCUUCAGUAUGGCUUCAGAUAUCCUUGGCUGACUGGCUGUAGCAGUGUGCUUCAUUUGGGAUGGUUUGAUGCAAACGUUUCACUCAAGGCAAGAAUUCUUCAACUCACCCAAUAGAAUUAUGAUAUCAUACUUGGCACAUUUUUGCAUUAUAAUUCUGUGUUCAAUUUGCAAUUUUGAUGACAUAAACACGAGAUCUGAUCUAUUUUGUUCUCAAUGAGUUUUUAGUGUUCAAAAAGAUCACCAAAGAUCUAAAACAGAAAACAGUACCCUAUAGUGCACAAAGGCUUCAGACACUGACAUAACUGUAUCUGAUGCGAUGCUUGAAUCUAAUGGUCUUGUUCUCACCAUGAGCUCUGCUAAUAUGCACAUAUCCUGUGACUCUUUGAUGAAAGAUAUGAGGUUUGUUUAUUGCUGAAACUGACAAUUUUUUUUAACAAAAUGGAGCUUAUAGAGCUCAUAUGGUCAUCUGAAAUGUGGGCAACAACCCCCCUUAUGGCAUUCGAACAUUUUAUGUGGCCUAUUGUUUUGAAAUAUUGUCCUUCUGAAAUUAUAAAAAUUGCAGAUGUCUGGUUUGGUUUAUUCUUCUACAAUAAUAGAGACAUCAUCAUGUAAGAAGAACUAGCUGGGAAAUAUGCAUUGCAUUUAUAUGUUGUUCACUAACGUUAUAAUGCUUUUUUUUAUUUGGAGGCGUGUGUUGAAUUAUGAGGUGAGUCAAAUACCUGCCUUGCCCAAACGCUUUCUCCAUGUAAUUAAUUAUGGAAAGGUCAAUCUAAUAAUGUAUAUUAGUCCUUCUACCCUCGAUGUGUUUGAUGAAAUUCCCAGUAGGAAAUGAGGUUACUGAUUAUCCCCCCCCCCCCACCUUGUGCAAAUUUCCUUUUGGAACUCAUGGUGACUUAUUGUUAUUGUUCUCUCUUAUUGAUUUAUAGACAGUUCUGGUUGAUACCAUGAUAUGAUUACACCUUGUAAGAAAUAGUAGCCUCACAGUACCAAAUUAUUGGUGCUCACUUGAUACCUUUUUUAUUUACUUCAUAUAACUGUUGUGUAUAGGGAUCAAUAAAGUCAUUUUUCAGUGCUAAUAAAUUGUGGUAACUUGUUUACUCUUCAUAUUAUAUAAAAGGCCCCAGUGAGAGUAAGUAAAGAAGGGCUUACUAAAGUGAAGCAGUUGGUUUAAUGGCUCCCCGCAUAUGACCGUAUAGAUUGUAACUUAAUACAAAUGAGCACUAGGAAAAAAUAAUCUAAUUCUCUGGUUAUUAGAAAGCUGUUUUAUUUUCCUUUUUGUUUUCCU